GCACUUAGACCCUGGACAACCAUCGUCGUGGGUGACAAUUACCUUCCCCGGCAAUUGCUCGAUGCAACAGCAGCAGCAAGCAAGUGUUGUUACAUUCAUCGCGGCUCACAUACUCAGCUCGAAUCGCCCGUUCGUUGUUUCGAAGCGCUAACUACCCACUGCCAUUGCUGCUAGCAAAUCAGAGAAUUGAAUUUUAAUAUUUAAUUGAACCGUACUCGAAUCAUAAUCAGUUAUUAGCCGCUGUCGAUUACGGCCGGUCGCGUUCGCGGUAUUAGUCUCGGGGUUUUCGAAGAUUCUAUCUCGCUCGCCAGCCUCUCCCGAUUCGAUUUAUAUCUAUGACGAUUGCGAAUCUGUGAAUCCGUGUGUGCCAGUGACAAAAGUUCUACGUUCUACGGUGCCAAACUUGUUCCGGGCAAUGAUAGUUCCGAAAAGCAUGAUACACAAAACGGCCCUUUCACUUUUUGUGUCGGCAAUAAUCCUGUUCGAUCCGGGCAGUGCUCAACCACCCAUCAAUCGGCAGAGGGGUAACAUUUUGAAAAAUCUCACCAAAACACACUCCUACGAAGAUCACAUCGUUACGAGUUCACUGGACGCUUCGAGGCCAAUUCGAAUGUUCUACCGUGGAUUCCGGGAGGUGUACAAUCGGUUGCUAGGGCCAACCGGGGAUAGGAUUCGGGGAGCCUUCCUGCAACCUCACAUAAUGCCAAACGUUCCGUUUCCUUGCGAUGUUCGCGGCUAUCGGAGCGCCGAGGUUCCAACAAGUGUCCAUCAGCUGCGCCCCGGAGACAUCGACAUCAUUUCGGCUGUGGGAGAUUCAUUGACAAGUGCUACGGCAGCAAAUUCCGUUGCUUUGUGGGAACUGUUGAUUGAGAACCGGGGACUUGCUUGGUGCAUUGGAGGUCAGGGAACCUGGCGAACGCAUUUGACGCUACCGAACAUAUUGAAGGAAUUCAAUCCGGAUCUUUUUGGAUACUCGCUGUUCGACUCCUACAACGUGCAUCAUUCGGCGCAGUUUAAUGUGGCUGAGAACAUCGCUACGACUACCGAUAUGCCUUAUAAUGCAGCCAAGCUGGUUGAACGGAUGAAACUCGACCCCAGGGUCCGGUGGGAAAAACAGUGGAAGCUGCUCACUUUCAUGAUUGGCGGAAACGAUUUCUGUUCUGAUGUGUGCUAUCAGACCAAUGCAACCGAGUGGAUCAAUCGUGAACAGGAGAAAGCUUUGAUCAAAACGCUGCGAUAUCUGCGACACAACAUGCCGAGGACCAUCGUAAAUCUCGUUCCGUCGCCGUUGAUCAGCCUGUCUUUUUCGAUGGGAAAAGUCCAGCUUCCAGUUUCCUGCCACCUUUUGCAGCCCAUCGAGUGUUCCUGUCUUUUUGGGCCCACCUAUUCGAAUCGCCGCAACCUAUUCCGGUCGUUGGAACGCAACUUUGUCAAAAUUAUGGAACGCAUCAGCUACAUGCCCGAAUUUCACAGCGACGAUUUCACCGUUGUGUAUCAGCCAUUCUUUAGGGAUGCGAGUGUGUUCUAUCGGCGAGACGGCAAGCCGGACAUGUCCAUCAUGUCGAUUGAUUGUGUCCAUCUGAGCCAGAAAGGACAUGCGGUUUCGGCCAACGGGCUGUGGAACAACAUGCUGGAACCGACCGGAUCGAAAACUCUGGGAUUGGGGGAACUAUUUAAAGAGUUUCGAUGCCCAACGCCGCAGAAUCCAUACAUUCGUACCUAUUAUAAUAGUUAGGAUUUGAUCUCAAAGUGGAAAUAAAGCGACUGUUUUGGUUUA